AUGAAAACAACAUUUGUGAAAGUUUUAUUCUUUAUUUUUUUAAUUCGUGGAAUAAAAAGUCAAAAUUUACCAGAUGGGUCAAGUUGUCAAGACUUUAAUGGCUUUAAUGGAAUCUGCGUUGCCAUUCGUAACUGCAAAGUGAUUUUUGAUAAGUUAAAGAAUAAUUCAAUCAGAAGAGAACAAAUAAAAGUUUGUGAUGUUGUGACAAGGUCUAUUUGCUGCCCGUCGGAGAUUAUAAACAACAAUUUUAAGUCAAAUUCUAGUAGAUUGGAUGUUCCAGUUAGUUCGAGAUCUUCUUUGUGGGACUUUGUAGAGAAUGAAUCAAGCAAUUGUGGUAAGCCAAAAAUGGCAUUUGGGACAGCAUAUCAUGGAACUCAAGUCAAACGAGGUGCUUAUCCUUGGAAUGUGGCACUUACCAAUUCUAGUGAUAAUUCAUUCUUUUGUGGUGGAUCACUAGUGUCAAAUAAGCUAGUCGUCACAGCUGCUCACUGCAUCGAAGGUAAAGGCAGGUUAUAUUUUUUCAGACCACGAGACAUUUUCGUCAUUAUUGGAGCUCAUGACUUAGAAGCCCGUCGAGAACCAUCAAGAAUAACUGCAAGUGUUAAAACAAUCUCCGUUCAUCAUGAUUGGAAUCCACACGUGGUUUCAUAUGAUGCAGAUAUCGCGAUUAUUGAAUUAGACGAUGAAGUCACUUUCAAUCGUUAUAUCCAACCUAUUUGCAUUGCUGCACCAAACUCUGCAUCAGCAUCAAUUACAGAAGGCGUUAUAGCUGGAUUCGGAAAAAGUGAGCAUCGAGAUGUUGAAAAUAUCGCAAGAGUCAUUUCAUCGCCAAUUCAUAGCUAUGAUUUCUGUGCCAAUAGUUCGGAUCAUGAAAAUCUUUUAACUCGUCGUACAUUUUGUGGAGGUUAUGCAAACGGAACCAGUGUUUGUGUAGGUGACAGUGGAAGUGGAUUGAUUGUUAAGCAUGAAGGAGUAUAUUAUCUUCGAGGAAUUGUUUCAGCGUCGUUGCACGAUACUUUGAUUGGAUGUAAUAUCAACAGCUAUUCAAUUUUUACAGACAUUUUAAGUUUUUAUAGCUGGAUAACGACUGGAAAGGAUGAACAAAUUUUAUUUCGAGAGCUUCAGGAAGAAAUUCGAAGGUUAAGGUCAAAAACUACUACAACUGAGAGUCCUAUGACAACCAAGUCAUCAGCUACAAAAACAGAUGUAGCUACAACAUCCGUUAAACCAUCAAAUUCACAAUGGAUGUAUAAAAAUACUCAAAUAGUUCAUCAGAGUAAGACAAGCCAAGCAAAUGAACAUGAAUUUGCUCAUCAAGCUAUUUUAGGUUAUGACAACAAUAAUCCAUUUGGAUAUGGAACGCGUCAUGAUAUUAAUUGGUUGUGUGGCGGUUCCUUGAUUUCACCUAAUUUUGUAUUGACAGCUGCACAAUGUCUAAAUUUCGGUUUUUAUAGAGUUCCCCAAUUUGUUAAACUGGGCAUGAAUGAUCGACUACAAAAGGAUGGUAAAGCUCGGAUCUACAGUAUCGAUGAUGUAUUUGCUCCUGGAAAUUUUAACCCAAAAAUGCCAGAUUAUGAGAAAUUUAUUGGCAUCGUAAAGUUAAAUGCGUCUGUCAACUAUGGACAAUUCAUUUGUUCUAUUUGCUUACCUAAUAAGCAACCUGAUGAUAUAUCAGUUAUUAUAUCUGGAUAUCCUGAAGAAAGUAAUGAUCAUGGUGAAGCUGAGCAUAUAUUUAAAUAUUCACUUCAAAAGCAGCCACGUGAAGAAUGCAACCAAAUAAUAAGAAGUACUGCUCGAGAUCAGGAUAAGAAUUUUUGCUAUGGCACUACGGAAAAUAUUGCUAAAUGCAAGGUAAAUCAAGGUUCAGCAUUACAAAUUGUGAAUGAUAAUCGAAUGCAGUGCAUCUAUACCCAGAUUGGUGUUUUAACUGUUCCACCGCAAGGCUGUGAUAGUGCGAAAUAUGGAUUUGUGAAUAUAUUCAGCUAUAUUGAUUGGAUCAAAGAAACUGUCGGAGGGGAUGAGGAGUUAAACAAAAAUGUGUGCAACAUACAUCUUCAUUGA